CCGGUGCUCCACAGGGUUGGAAAACGCAGCCCGAACAGUGUCUCAGCGCAGAGACCGAGAACACGCCGAUAGACGUUCUUCGCAACACACACACACUCAGGAAAGAGAGCCCAAGGAUGGGUGGUGUUUCGUUACUGGCGGCAUGCUUGCUGCUGGUAGCCCCCAGUAUUCAAUUCCAGCGAGGGGCUGUCGAGCGAAGGCCGACGAGCCAAUAUGAGCGCGAAGAGACAUCGCAGGUGCUGGAAAAGCUGCAGCUCGGCGACGGCCACUUGGGAAACAAGAGGCUGCCGUUGCGAGCGGCUGUCGAGCACCAUUUGACUGCACAAGAAAGAGCUCAGCAACAUAUUCCAUUGCGAGAGGCUGUCGAAAGCAGACCCGAAUUUGUUGUGAGCUCCGAAAGAAUCGCGUUGCCUUACACAUUGGACUCUGCGGAAAAUUUGGAAUCGGACAACGAAGCUCCGCAAACACCAGGCCAAGAGCGUUAUCCAACUGGAAUCAGCUCGAUUGGUGAUUAUCGCGUUGUUUGCUAUUUGGAGAGUUGGGCUGCGCACAGAAAAGAGCCGAUGAAGUUUUUCACCAAGGAAUUCAAUCCACAUGCGUGCACGCACCUUAUUUAUGCGUUUGCUUCUUUGGAUCCUCACUCUUUAAAAAUAGUGCCCCAGGACGAGGAGUUUGACAUUGUCAAAGGUGGAUACAAAGCUGUGAUGCAACUGAAAGAAAUCAACCCCAACCUUAAGGUUCUCAUCUCGCUCGGAGGUUGGGUUGAAGCCGCAAGACGUUACUCGGAAAUGGCCAGCAGUGCCUCAAGUCGUCGCGAAUUCAUCCGCUCUGUGGACCACUUCCUCGACAAGCACGAAUUCGACGGUCUUGACCUCUUCUGGGAAUUCCCUGGUGCCAAGGAUCUGGGCGCCAAGGCCACCGACAAGGAAAACUUUGUGCUCUUGGCCGAGGCCCUGUCAGAAGUUUUCGCUCCCAAGGGCCGGCUGCUGUCGGCCGCUGUUUCACCCUCUCGCUUCAGAAUCGAGGACGGCUACAACGUGCCUGAACUGUCUAGAUAUUUGGACUUUUUUAACGUCAUGAGUUAUGACUUGCUUGACGAGAGAGACAAGGCUGCGUAUCAUCCCUCUCCGCUGUUCAGGAGGUCCCAUGACCAAGGCAUCGGUGUGUUUUUGAAUGUUGACUACGCCAUUUCUUACUGGCUUAAAAAGGGAGUUCCUAGCAGGAAGAUCAUCAUGGGCCUGCCAUUUUUCGGCCGAUCAUUUACCCUGGAGGAUCCUAAUGUGAAUGCUCCUGGAUCUCCAAUUGCUGGCCCCGGAAUGGAGGGAAAAUACACUUUGCAACGAGGAUUCCUUUCCUAUUUUGAAAUUUGUGAGAGACUGGCAGAAGGAAAAGGUGAAGAGCAUUGGAUGCAAUAUAUGGAUGAAGUGGGAAGUCCUUACAUGGUUCAAAAGGACCAAUGGGUUGGAUUUGACAAUCCAACGAGCAUUAAAACCAAGAUGGAAUAUGUUAAAAAGUACAAUUUGGGAGGCGCUAUGGUUUGGGCUGUAGAUAUGGACGACUUCAUUGGAUUCUGCGGCAAGAAAUAUCCGCUCCUCUCAGCUAUUAACGAGGGCCUCAAAGAAAAAACUGACGCUCCGACAACAGCAGCGCCAAUCAUCGCUGAAGUGACCCCGGCGCCUGCACCGGCUCCAACGCAGCACCCAAUUGAAGCGGUCGAGGCUGAAUUAGUCGUGCCCACGCCCGGCCAAGAAAUUGUUUCCAUUGGACCUGGAAACUCUUGCAGAGGUCACGGCUACGCUCGAGAGCCUACAAAUUGUCGCGUUUACUACAGAUGCGAGUGGGGAGUGAAAACGACCUAUGUUUGUCCUGAAGGACUUCAUUAUGAUGCAGAGCUGCAACUGUGCAACUGGCCCGAGAAGGCUCGUUGUGAGCAGGUGAUUUUAAUUCCCGAAAAGUACGUUUUGACGCCUCUGCAGCAGUUUUUGGUCAAAUUCUCUGUACCUCACUACCCAGUUCAGCAUAGCACAAUUGUUUCACAGCGUCAAACCGGCAUUGAUUGCUCCACGGAUGGUCUUUACAGCGACCCUACAAGCCAAAGCUACAUUUUGUGUCAAAACCAACGGAGUUACUCUAUAAGCUGCCAAGAGGGAUUUACCUACAACCUUGGCACAAACCUUUGCGAGCAAGAAACUGAAAAGGUCGCAAGCAAUGUUUUCGUGAAAUCUGCCGUGCAAAUGUCUGAGCAACUGAAAAUCGACUCGCACAACACACUGAAUAAAAAUCGUCCAAGUGUAAAGAAAAAUGACAAAGGCUACAAGGUCGUCUGCUACUUUACCAACUGGGCGUGGUAUCGCAAAGACGAUGCGAAAUUCGUGCCAGAGCACCUCGACCACAGGCUUUGCACUCACAUAGUCUACGCGUUUGCUGCCCUGGAACCACAUGAUCUCAGAAUUAUUCCAUCUGACCCGUGGACCGACUAUGAAAACAAUUUCUAUCAACGAGUUACUUCCGUUGCUGAGCCUCGUCGAGGGGAUGCUAACGUCAAAAUUUUGCUCUCGUUGGGAGGCUGGACUGAUUCUUCUGGAGACAAAUAUUCGCGUAUGGUCGGCAAUGAAGCAUCACGCAGAAAGUUUAUCUCGGACACAGUCAACUAUUUGAAAUCGCAUAACUUUGGAGGUCUUCACCUCGACUGGUACUAUCCCCGCUGCUGGCAGUCAAACUGCGGAAAGGGACCUGUGUCUGACAAGGACAAUUUCGCCAAGCUCAUCAAAGAACUGCGAGAAGAAUUCAACAAGCAGAGCCCCCCGCUAGAACUGGCCGUGGCAAUUUCUGGUUACAAAGAGGUUCUGGACGUUGCUUACAAUGUCCCUGAAAUCAGCAAGAACGUUGAUUUUAUGUCCGUGAUGACCUACGACUACCACGGCGCUUGGGAAAAGAAAACUGGCCACGUGAGCCCGCUGUUUUACAGGCAGGGCGACCGAUUCCCCCAUUACAACACGAAUUUCACUCUGGAGUAUUUGGUGUCGAUGGGAGCUGACCGUGAUAAGGUCAUCAUGGGAAUUCCGCUUUAUGGACAAACCUACACUCUUGACGAUAGCAAGAAUAAUGAUGUUGGUGCUCCAUCAUUCGGACCUGGCGAACCAGGCGAGUUCACGAAACAACCUGGAAUGCUUGCUUACUUCGAAGUUUGUGAAAAAAUUCGCUCACAGAACUGGCGAGUUGUCAGAGACAAGUUUGGGGCUCACGGGCCUUACGCUUAUUCUGGAGAUCAGUGGGUUGGCUACGAGGAUAUCGACUCUAUUCAAGAAAAGGGCCGCUAUAUUCGCAAUAUGGGAUACGGUGGCGCAAUGGUCUGGACUGUGGACUUGGACGACUUCACCAACCGUUGCUGCAAAGGCACCUUCCCUCUGCUAAAGGCGAUUAAUAGGAUCUUUGAGCGCAUACCCACUGACUCAAGGCCUGCAGUGGACUGCACGAAGCCGCCACAGCCCAUCACGCCUGCUCCACCAACGCUGACAACCGGAGUGGACACAGGAGCCGAAAUGACCACCACACCAAUGACCCAGAAGCCAGCCGAAAUUAGCCCCACCACCAGCCCUUGGUGGACACAGCCGACGACCGCGGCGACCGCACCAACGACUCAGUCGACCACCACCCCCACCACUACCACCACCACCACCACUACUACCACUACCACAACCACAACUACCACGCCCAGACCGACUACCACAGGCACCAGUUCGACCUGGUGGCCUCAACCGACCACAACGACCUCAACUCCGGUUUCCAGUACAGCUGGAAGCAACGAAGAUUUGCUGAACAAACCUUGCGAGCCUGGUGAGCACCACGCUGACAGGCAGAGCUGUAAUGCCUACUACAGGUGUAUUCUUGGACAACUGAAACGAGAGUCCUGCGCUGGAGGCCUCCACUGGAACCCCACUCUGCAUGCUUGCGACUGGCCCAAGAAGGCGGGAUGUGAAGCAGAAAAUGUGCCGACAACAAGUGCACCUUGGUGGCCUCAGCAACCGCCGACCAUGCAAACGACGACUACAGAGAGACCAAAUGAAUGGUGGACACCCAGUACGACAGAAAUGUCACAACAAAUUAUUGAGGGUAGACCAACCUACGCGCCUCCUAAGGCUUGCACAUCGGGAUCGUACGAGGCCGAUCCUAGUGACUGUGCAAAGUUCUUCAUUUGCGUCAAUGGUCGGCAAAACGGCCAGAAUUGCGCUAGUGGUCUGUACUGGAAUCAAGAAAAGAAAUACUGCGACUGGCCGAGCAAUGUUCAGUGCGGCGCAAGGAGCGAGACUGAAUUCGAAGAAUUUUUCGAAGAACAAAAAGCUGAGGAUUUGCGACUGAUUGAGGGAGAUUCGUGCUCCAAAGAUUUCAUGAGGGAUAAAAGUGACUGCUCCGUUUUCUAUAGAUGUGAAAACGGUAAGAUUUUGUCUGUAGGACGCUGCGCAGAUGGCCUCCACUUUAACGAGGUGCAACAAAAUUGUGACUGGCCAGCUAAUGUCGGCUGCACUUCCUCUGGUGGAGAUUCAAUCUCCUCAUCAGGUUCCUCGACCAUGAGGCCUGUGGCUUCAACUGUCAACCUCCCGAAACCAACUGAGAGCUGGACACAUGAGCCACCUAAGGUCACCACAACGACCAUUGCUCCUUUAGUUAACGACCCCGCGCCGGCACCUUGCACUGGAAAGUGUCUCAUGGUUUGCUAUUUCACCAACUGGGCCUGGUACCGCCAAGGAACUGGCAAAUAUUUCCCUGAGGACAUUGACCCUUCACUGUGUACCCAUAUUGUUUACGGAUUCGCAGUCCUUGAUUACGAGAACCUCAUAAUUAAAAUGCACGAUUCCUGGGCUGACGUGGAUAACAGAUUCUACGAAAGAGUAACUGAAUUCAAGAAAUUCGGCAAGAAAGUCCUUAUUGCAAUUGGUGGGUGGAACGACUCUGCUGGAGACAAAUAUUCGAGACUUGUGAACAGUCCUGCCUCGAGGAAGCGCUUCAUCAAACACGUGAUUGAAUUCAUGCAAAAGUACAACUUUGACGGUCUUGAUUUGGACUGGGAAUAUCCCAAGUGCUGGCAGGUCAACUGCGACAAGGGCCCUGAUUCAGACAAAAAGGCCUUUGCAGACUUUGUGAAAGAAUUGCGCUACGAAUUUGAUGCUGCCGGUGGUUACCUUUUGACAGCAGCGGUUUCUCCGAGCAAAACUGUCGUGGACGCAGGCUAUGACGUUCCUGCUGUUGGCAAAUAUCUUGACUAUGUGUCGGUUAUGACCUACGAUUUCCACGGCCAUUGGGACAAGAAAACUGGACACGUUGCGCCAUUGUACGAGCAUGAGGAUGACGAUUUCUACUUCUUCAAUGCCAAUUAUUCUAUUAACUAUUGGCACGAGCAAGGAGUUCCUAAAUGCAAACUCAUCAUGGGAAUGCCACUCUAUGGUCAGUCUUUCACAUUGGCUAAACCUUCCGAAAAUGGAUUGAACGCCCCUGCAACUGGACCUGGUCAGGCCGGCGAGUUCACAAGAGCCGCCGGAUUCCUUUCAUAUUACGAGAUUUGCGACCGAAUUAAAAACAAGGGAUACAGUGUCGUGCAAGAUCCACAGGGUCGAAUGGGCCCCUACGCUUACAAGGAUCGUGACUGGGUCAGCUUUGACGACGUCAAUACGUUGAUAAAGAAGGCUCAAUUCGUCGCAAAAAUGGGAAUUGGCGGCAGCAUGAUAUGGGCUCUCGAUUUGGAUGACUUCAAGGGAACUACUUGUGGGCAAGGAAAGUACCCUCUUCUGUCAGCCAUCAACAGCCACAUGUGCAGCGGAUCCGUAAGCGAUACAACUCAGCAAGCAGCUCAGCCACCAAUGCAGUCUAUUACUGACGCUCCAAAGGAACCUAUUACCCAAGCGCCGAUGUCACCUGAAUUUGUUCCCGAAAGUAUUCCAACCAAGGCUCCAGCGGCGACGCAGAAACCAAUGCAGAGCACUCAGGCCCCAGCAGAAACCCCCACGAGCGUUGUCGUGCCUCAGCCAGUUACGCCGGGACCUGGAACUGACGUGGCUUCUUGCCAAGGAUCAAAUUCUCCUUGCGGCCCAUACAAAGUAGUUUGCUACUUCACAAAUUGGGCUUGGUACAGACAAGGAAAUGGAAAGUAUCUGCCAAGCGAUAUUGAUGCUUCCCUCUGUACACACAUUGUGUACGGUUUCGCGGUUCUUGACGGCUCCUCUCUACUGAUUAAACCUCACGAUUCAUGGGCUGAUCUCGACAAUAAAUUCUACGAGAAGGUUGUAGCUUUGAAAUCCAAGGGCGUCAAAGUGCUCCUCGCCAUCGGUGGAUGGAACGAUUCGGCUGGUGACAAGUACUCAAAACUUGUAAAUAAUCCCGGAGCUAGAGCGAGAUUUAUCGACCACGUCUUGAAAUUCAUUGAUGAAUACGGAUUUGAUGGUUUGGAUUUGGACUGGGAAUACCCUGUUUGCUGGCAAGUUGACUGCAAAAAGGGCCCCGCAUCAGAUAAGACAGCUUUCGCAGCAUUUGUCAAAGAGCUGAGGGCCAAGUUUGGUCCCAACAGACUCCUUUCAUCGGCAGUUUCCCCAAGCAAAUACGUUGUAGAUGCUGGAUAUGACGUUCCGACCUUGUCCAAGAAUCUUGACUGGAUCGCUGUGAUGACCUACGACUAUCACGGACAGUGGGACAAGAAAACCGGACACGUUGCUCCAAUGUAUGCCCAUCCAGAUGACUCGGACGCAACCUUCAACACCAAUUACACCAUUAACUACUGGAUUAAAAACGGCGCCAGCCCUUGCAAACUUGUCAUGGGAAUGCCAAUGUAUGGACAAAGCUUCAGCCUUGCAGAGACGACAAAUAACGGAUUGAACGUGCCAACAUACGGUGGUGGAGAAGCCGGCGAUGAAACAAGAGCCAGAGGAUUUUUGUCUUACUACGAGAUUUGUCAACGAAUUAAAACCAAGGGAUGGAAGGUGGUCCAGGAUCCGUUAAAAACUAUGGGACCAUACGCAUAUCUGCGAGAUCAAUGGGUGUCCUUUGACGAUCAAGCAAUGAUCAGAUACAAAACAGACUUCAUCCGUAAGAUGGGCCUGGCUGGCGGCAUGAUCUGGGCCUUGGAUUUGGACGACUUCCGUAAUCUCUGUGGCUGUGAAGCCCAUCCUCUGCUCAAAACCAUUAACAGAGGCCUUUGCAGACUCGACACUCCAGCCCUAGACUGCAGCCUGUCUUUGCGAAGCGAAAUUGACGAGGAUACCGUAAAACUGAUCUCAGAACCUGGAGAGGAAGAAACGAACCCAAAUGAUCUCAGAGAAGAUUGCACCUACUCUGGCUUGCAAAAGCAUCCUUCUAGCUGCACGCAAUAUACUCAGUGCGUGAAUGGCAUUAAAAUAACCCGCAAUUGCCCUCCCGGUACAAUUUUCAUUACUGAGAAGCAGAAUUGUGAUUGGGCACCAAAGGACGGCACUUGUUUCCCGCAAGAAAGCUCAGGCGGUGAGUCUCCCCAAGUACAGGCUCCUGCUAGUCCUACUCCAACCCCUUCAGCACCAAGACCCACACCGAAACCUCAACCUGUAACCGAGCGACCCGUUUUCCCUCCUCAAACUGGCGGCAAACAAUGCUCCGACGAAUUUGUGCCGCAGACUGGAAAAGACAUGAAGGUUGUUUGUUACUUCACCAACUGGGCCAUAUACAGACCCGGCAUUGGAAAAUAUCGCGCUGAGGACAUUGACACCAAUCUGUGCACACACGUUCUUUAUGGCUUUGCAGUUUUGGAUGGUUCCACACUCUUGAUCAAGUCGCACGAUCCCUGGGCAGAUUUCGACGAUGGACUUGCGCUUUACUCGAAGGUCACCGCUUUGAAACAGAAGGGCAUCAAGGUCCUCCUGGCGUUGGGAGGCUGGAACGAUUCUCUCGGCGAUAAAUAUUCUAGGCUUGUAAGCACUCAAGCUUCAAGAAGCAGAUUUAUCACUCAAGCUCUAGAGUUUAUUGACAAAUACAAGUUUGACGGACUUGAUCUUGAUUGGGAGUAUCCUAAGUGCUGGCAGGUUGACUGCAAUAAGGGACCAGACGCUGACAAAGAGAAUUUCGCUUAUCUCGUCAAGGAACUGAGUGCCCAGUUCAAGCCUAAAGGAUUGCUCUUGUCAGCAGCUGUCUCGCCCAGCAAAAUGGUCAUCGAUGCUGGUUAUGACGUGCCCGUUCUCUCGCAGUACCUGGACUGGAUUUCUGUGAUGACCUACGACUACCACGGACAAUGGGAUAAAAUGACUGGACACGUCUCUCCGUUCCGCGUCCAUGAAAAUGACACAAACGUUUACUUCAACACUGAAUAUACUAUGAAUUACUACAUCAAGAAGGGCGCAGAUCCAAAGAAGCUGGUAAUGGGUAUUCCCCUUUAUGCUCAGAGCUUCACCAUCAUCGAUCAAUCAAAUACUGGACUUGAUUCCAAAUCCUCAGGACCAGGAUUGGCAGGCGAAUUCACGCGUGCUGCUGGCUUCACUGCCUUCUACGAAGUUUGCCACAUGGUUAAACAGCAGCAAUGGACCGUCGUGCGAGACCCGAGCGGAGCAAUGGGUCCAUAUGCUUACAGAGGAAAUCAGUGGAUGUCCUACGACGACGUUGACAUUAUCAGAGAUAAGAUGACAUUCGUGAAAAAGCUCGGCAUCAGCGGAGCGAUGAUUUGGGCGCUUGACUUGGACGACUUCACAAACAGGUGCGGCUGUGGAAAAUACCCGCUACUCAGAACCAUCAACGAGGAACUUCGAGGACAAGGAUGCAAACUGAAUGCUUGCACGUAACCAAAAAACUGAAAACAGCACUGGCUUGCCAUAUCCCUAGUUGCAAUGAUAAGAGUUCAAAACGAUUUUGUAUGCUUUCCACAUCAUGAUUUCAUUUUGUAGAAUAUAUCCUUCGAGUAACUUAACACACAUUUUGUGAUGUGGAAAUUAUACUCAUGCCUCUACCCAGCGCCGCAAUGAUAAAAAAAUUGUGAAUUAAAGCUUCAAAUGGUUUCCUUGCGAGCUGAGUAUUGGAAUUCCUUGCAUCAAGUGCGAUUUGACAACUGCGGUUAGGAAAUUUUGUCUGGUGUUGGGUAAAAUGUGCCAAGAAAACCCACAAAAGCCCUUAAAAUUUUUGGACGGUAAUAAAUACACCCGAGGUUGAUUUAUGAUUCUUAAAAGAAAUAAAAUAAUUGUAAAAAUAACUUAAAAA